AUGGUGGUGGCAUCCCCCCCGCCGCUCGCCCGCACCGGCGAGAAGAAGCUCCUCCUCCCGAAGCUGCCCACGGUGGACCUGUCGGGCCCACGGGCGGACGUGGCCCAGCAGAUCGUCAAGGCCGCGGAGACGGUCGGGUUCUUCAAGGUGACCCACCACGGCGUGGGCCCGGCCACCGUGUCCCGCAUGGCGCAGGAGAGCCUGGGCUUCUUCGCCAGGCCCGACCACGAGAAGAAGCGGGCCGGACCCGCCGACCCGUUCGGGUACGGGUGCAGGAACAUCGGGUUCAACGGCGACGUCGGGGAGGUCGAGUACGUCCUCCUCAACACCAAUCCUGGCUCCAUCGCCCAGAGGUCGUUGACCAUCAACUCCAACGACCCCACCAAAUUUAGCUCUGCUGCGGGCGGGUACAUAGAAGCAGUAAAGGAAGUGGCAUGUGAGAUCCUGGAUCUGAUGGCGGAAGGGCUGGGGGCCACGGACGCCGAGGUGUUCAGCAAGCUAAUCAGGGACGUCGACAGCGACUCCAUCCUCCGCCUCAAUCACUACCCUCCCUUCCUCCUUCCGUCGCCGUCCUCCGCCGUCGAUCACCCGGCGGCGGAGCUGAAGGUCGGGUUCGGGGCGCACACCGACCCGCAGAUCCUGACCGUAUUGACAUCAAACGACGUCGCCGGGUUGCAGGUCCACGUCGACGGUGACGUGUGGGUCUCCGUGGCGCCCGACCCCACCGCCUUCUUCGUAAAUGUUGGUGACGUUUUGCAGGCUAUGACAAAUGGCAGAUUCGUGAGCGUAAAGCACAGGGCCCUCAACGUCAACGCGGCCAAGCCCAGACUGUCAAUGGCCUAUUUCGCUGCCCCACCGCUUAACUGCACAAUCUCUCCUCUCCCUGAGAUGGUCACCCCUUCCAGGCCCAGUUUGUAUCGGGCUUUCACUUGGGCCGAGUACAAAAAGGCCUCCUACUCCCUCCGCCUCGGAGAUUCUCGCCUGGAUCUCUUCAAAACGCAGCAGCAGUAG